AUGUCAUCCCAUAAGCCAGAACAACCAUCUGAUGCGCCGCCCACUUACGAGCAAGCGAGUGGCUCGUCUCGACCCUCUGCGUCUGCCACCACUGCUGCUUCGGGCUCUAACCACCUCAGUGUUCCUCAACAGCAAGAAGCAGCCGUACGAAAGUCGAUGGAAGAUAUGCUGCGACCGCUUCCCAAAGGGUGGAUUCGUCAGUACGAUCCUUCGACUCACCACAACUUCUUCGUCGAUACCCUCGCCAAGCCACCUCGGUCCAUCUGGGUGCAUCCAUUUGACGAUGAGCAGUACCAGAGCGAACAUCCGGCUGAAGUCAAGAACGAACGCGAGAGGAUCGAGCGCGAGAACAUGCUUCAAGCCGACACCGAUGACGACGACGAUUGUCCACCAUCCUCGAGCAAGCAUCGUUCCACCGCAACCACGUCGGGUGCUGGUGCAGGUACUGGCGCUGGCUCAGUUGGUGCUCAGCCAAAGGGGAUGAAAAAGUUGGGUCGAACGCUCAAAGACAAGCUCACCAACACCACCCACGCUGAGCGGGAGGCCAAACGCGAAGCGCAGCGCCAAGCUGAACAACGCGCUUACCAGCAACACCAGGCGAUUCGUCAAGCGCUCAUUACAGCCACCAGAACAGGCCAACCUCAACUCGUGGGAAGAGACAAGCAAGGUCGCGAAAUUUUUGCCCAACCUCCGCCCCCCGGCGCUUACGGCUACGGUGCAACGUUGGGUUAUGGUCCGUAUCAAACUUUCGACGGUCCAUACGGUGCCUACGGUCCUUAUUCCAGGCCGAUGGGCCCGUACAGUAGACCGUACGGUGGCACGGGCCUCCCAAUUAUAGGCGGUCUGGCCGGCGGUAUGCUGUUAGGUGGACUUUUGUUCUAG